CAAUCCUUUCAACGCAGCGUUAUGCUACACAGUCAUAACACUCGCCGCUCUCCUCAGAAAAUCAAACCUUUUUCCCUCUCAGAGAAUGCGGAAGAAACGAAGGGUCCCACUAGUCCUAUGGAGGCUGUUCAGGGACCGAGCUCGGACCCUUGCCACCACCAUCACAUCCUUAAUUCCACCUCACUCGCCACUGCCACCACCGUCCUGCCACUGCAAGGGUCGGCUCUGUCUCAACUGCUGUGGCACCGCCGAAAAUGCCAUGUCGUUUCUCCUCCAACCUCGAGACCCAUCCGAUUACCGCAAGCUCCUCAAUCACUGCUUCGUCGUCGUUAAUGAUGAUGCGCCUCCUUUCGUUACUACUGAGUUCCGCCCUCGCAGCAAUUGGCCACAACACGAGAUCGUGGUAAGGACGAUUGAAAUGAUAAUGAGAGAGCAAUCAUCGUCUUCGAAUGUAAUAUGCUGUGCUUAUGACAAGUGUAAUCAUUCAAGCACCGUUGUGGAGCUUCUGACUUCUUCCGCAUGGAGUCUUCUAUUAGAAAGGGUUGGGGAUGGCAUCAUGUUUUAUCUUCUAAAGAAUACGUCAAUAUUUUUGCCACUUCCUCCUAAGAAACACCAACAGGUGGCUGGUCCACCUGUCAGUAAUUUGGUACUUGAGUUGACAAAACAUGCAACAGGAACAGAGCCACAACAUCAAGAUCCUUUGUUCAUCCAUUUUGGACAUGAGAUGAAGAGGGAUAAAGAUGAUAGUGCUAAUCCAACAUCUGAUAUACAACAGUAUACUCCUCUCUGUAUUCCGGGUUCCAUAGGUUGUGUUUGUGGUAAUGGUGGUAAUUCUAUAAAGCCUUUCAGCAGAAAUACUGCUAGCAUAUAUGGCCACAUGAGUGUCUCUGGAACAGCUGCACCAACAGUUGGAGCUGAUUCUACUAACUAUGUAGGACGUCCAAAUGAAAUGGUUAAUCCCAAAAAGCGUUCAAGACCUUUUAGGUGGCAGCGUCGCAAAAAGCACAAGCAUUCAGAUACUGAUGAAAGCACUAGUAUUAAACCUUCCAAUGAUCAUCCCGCUGAUGGAUGCAUCCAGAUGGGUGUUGCAGAAGCAGCACCGCUGACAACUAGAGCUUGUGCUUUGAAAUAUGUAUGGUUCUCAAAUGAAAAUUUUCAAGGCUCAAAUCAGGUUAUAGUGAAGCCCCAAAAGCGUUCAAGACUAUUUCAGUGGCAGAGCUGCAAAAAGCACAGACAUUUAGAUGCUGAAGAACUCAGUGAUAACACUUGUCACUUAAAUGAAGAUAGAACACUCAGGGAACUUCAGUGUGACCUUAAUAACAAUAAAAAUGGUUUCCAUGAAAAGAUGUUGCAAUGCUCUUGUUUUCACGUGUUGCAAUCUGCCCAUCUAGUCAGCAAAGGGGCACAGAUCAAUAGGCAACCUAUGUUCUACAAUUUGGAAAACACUUCAUCAGUUCUUCCCAGAAAACAUUUGUUAAACUCCUUAAAGCCCAAUUUGGCUGGUUCAAAGUCCCUUUUUAGGAGUAUUUUUGGCUUAUCUGAAUCCGAUGUAAAUGUCAGUGCUCCAUCAGUGCCAUGCUCCCACAGCAGUACCUUCUGUAUCACUGGAUCUUCAUGCCUGUAUCAUUCUCUUGUUAAGUUGCUUAAGCUUCUUAUACGCCGAACACAUUGCUGCAAGCAUAUGAGAUUAUUGGAUAAGCAUUGUGUUUUAUCAUUGGCACAGAUUACCUAUCUAAAUUCAAACUCAGUGCUCAAGGAUAAUCAUUCAAAGAUAGAUGUACCUGAGAAAUCCCGUGGUCUUAGUACUAAACAUUGCAAAAGAACAGCAGAAACAAAUGAUGACCAGACUGAGGCCAUAAAAUCUUAUUGCUCAAAAAGUCAGGUGGUGUCAUUUAUAUGGGCUGCUUGUAGAAAUAUAGUUCCUCCAGAUUUGUUAGGAAUUCCUUCCAACUGGAGAAUCUUGAGGAGAAAUAUUUCCAAGUUCAUUCAGCUAAGGAGAUUUGAAAAAUUUUCAUUAAGACAAUGUAUGCAUAAAUUGAAGACUUCCGGGUUCCCAUUUCUAUCAGAUAAACAGUCUUUGUGCUGCUUGGAAGCUGAGGUGCUGAAUAAUGUGCAAGGGGAAAAUUUAGACAUGCGCAUGGAAUUCUAUAGAUUGAAUGAUGCUACAAGUAAUUUGAAACAUAUGCUUUUAGAGAAAUGGAUAUUAUGGUUCUUUUCACGUUUGGUUGUGCCACUAGUGCAAGCCAACUUCUAUGUCACUGAAAGUGAGCAUGGUAAACAGGACAUCUUUUAUUAUCGGAAGUCAAUUUGGGAGAAGUUGAAAGAUAGAACCAUAGGUUGCUUGAAAGAUCAGAACUACCAUUUCUUAGAUGCCAGUGAUGUAAAAAGAAUCAUAAGCAAUAGGUUAUUUGGGUUCUCAAAGCUCAGACUUUGCCCAAAAGAGAAUGGAGCAAGGAUGCUUGCAAAUCUGAAAGCACCAUCAAGAAUGCUUGUUCAAGAAUCCUCUUCCAUAGGAAUGCUAGGAAAAGCGCAACCUCGCUGUCAGUCAGUUAAAUAUAAGCAUUUCAAGUCUGUGAAUUGUGUUCUUCGUGAUACUUAUGCUGUUUUAAAAGGCAUACAGUUAAAAGAACCAGAGAGGUUAGGCUCAUCAGUGUUUGACUACAAUGAUAUCUAUAAAAAGUUAUGCCCGUUUAUUGUUGGCCUGAAGAAUGAAUUGGGUAGCUUGCCUGAUGUGUUUAUUGUUGCUGCUGAUGUAUCAAAGGCAUUUGAUACUAUUAAUCAGGAUAAGUUGCUUAAUGUAAUGAAAGAUGUUAUACAUGAGGAUGAAUAUCUUCUACAACGAUCUUCUCAAGUUGUCUGCACCAAGAAGUCUUUGUGGGUUCAUGAGAAUCUUAUAUUAAGAGAUCCAGACAUCAGUGCUGGUUUUAUAAAGAGUUAUUCUGCAUGCUUUGGUUCAUUGCAAACUGUGCUUGUUAAUCAGGGGUCCAUCAGGUAUAUGAAGAAGAGGGAACUCUUUUUCAAUUUGAACGAGCAUGUGAAGCGUAAUGUCCUGCAGUUAGAUAAAACGUUUUAUUUGCAAGGUAUCGGUAUACCCCAAGGAAGCAUUUUGUCUUCUCUAUUGUGCUCAUUAUACUAUGGGCAUCUUGAAAGAAAUGUGAUCUUUCCAUUUCUUGAUAAGAAUUGUGAACUGGCAACUGAAGAUUUAUCUAGAAGACACAACUGUCAGGAUGCUCCUGUCCCAGGAAAUAGCAGUGAAAAUAGAGUUAGUUCAUCCUGUUACAUGCUACUCAGAUUAAUUGAUGACUUCUGCUUUAUAUCAACCUCAAAGAGGCUGGCUGCUGCCUUUUACACCAGAUUACAGGGAGGAUUUCCAGAUUAUAACUGCUAUAUGAAUGAGGAUAAAUAUUGUCUUAAUUUUGAUGCCAGACAUGCAUCAGGGCUUCCAUCAAACAGGGUUUAUGUUGGUGAAGAUGGUAUCUCAUUUAUUCGAUGGAGUGGCUUGCUUUUAAAGUCGUGUACUUUAGAAGUUCAGGCAGAUUAUACAAGGUAUCUGAACAAGCAUUUGAGGUCAACACUUACUGUCUCUUGGCAGGGUAAACCUGGUCACCGGCUGAAGACGAAAUUGUGCGACUUCAUGAGACCCAAGUGCCAUCCCAUAUUCUUUGAUUCAAACAUUAACUCUGGGUCUGUUGUUAGAUUAAAUAUCUAUCAAUCAUUUCUAUUAUGUGCGAUGAAGUUCCAUUGUUAUGUUUCUGAGAUGAUGUAUAUCUGCAAACUCCACCCAAUAUCCCAUUUGAAAAUCAUUGGGAGGUCUUUAAGGUAUAUGUACUUGCUCAUAAAGAAAAAGAUGCGAUCUGCAAAUACUGGUUCUUAUUUCCAUCCAGUUCUUCAACUGGCUGCAGAAGAAGUUGAAUGGCUUGGGUUGAAUGCUUUUAUCAAAGUAUUGAAGAGAAAACAAUCUCGGCAUAAAGAGUUACUAUGCAUGUUGAAUUCGAAAUUGUUAGCCCAUAAAAUAAACGGGACUGUAUCUUCUCAACUUUCUUAUGCGGUUGAUAGCUCACAUUCCUCUGUAAUGUGGAAAAUCAAGUAUUAGAUAUUCAUUAUGUAAAAUUUGUCUUGAUGAUUG